CACUGUACACAGAGUUGAUUGUUUCUCUCACCAUAAAUCAAGAUUCAUCAAGACUCAUAAAGGCUAAUGGCUGUUUCAUCAUGUUCUGUUGAUGAGAAUGGUGAACAUGAUUACGAAGUACCUCUGCUAAUAACAACCAGUUCUAGUGCUAGCAGCAGUAGAAGUAGUGAUGAUCAUGGAGGAAACAGAGACAUUGGUAUCAGUGAUGCCGUUGAUGGGGUGGUUGAUUACAAAGGAGAAAGAGUGUUGGACAGAUCAAAAUAUGGAGGAUGGAAAUCAGCUUAUUUUAUAAUUGUAAUCGAUGUUGCAGAUAGCUUUACUUAUUGGGGAAUCUCUUCGAACCUCAUAUCUUAUCUCACCGGUCCGUUAGGCCAAUCCACGGUAACAGCUGCUGAAAACAUAAAUGUUUGGAGCGGAGUUAUGGCGAUGCUGCCUCUUCUGGGCGCCUUUGUUGCAGACACAUAUCUCGGUCGAUUUCGGACCAUCUUAUUCUCUUCUGCCAUUUACAUAUUGGGGCUUGGAUUGUUAACUCUAUCGGUUAUGCUUCCUUUUGAUCAUAUAACUUUUCUGAAUUACAACAACGACCAGAACGUUAUCUCUUCCAGUUCUCCGUCUUCUUUCAAAGUCAUCUUCUUCUUUUUCUCAUUGUAUCUUAUGGCAAUUGCAAGAGCUGGGUGCAAGUCAUGCGCACAAGCUUUUGGGGCUGAUCAGUUUGAGGGACGAGACCCUAAAGAAUGCAAAUCCAAGAGCUCAUUCUUCAAUUGGUGGUUCUUCGGAUUAUGUUUUGGUAGUAGCAUUUCUCACUUGACCUUGAACUACAUACAAGAUAAUAUGGGAUGGAGUCUGGGAUUUGGCAUUCCGUGCAUUGUAAUGGCAGCAGCAAUAGUUGUUUUCCUGCUCCGAACAAAAUCUUAUCGCUAUAGUGUGAACGAGGAGAAGCAGAAUCCAUUAAUCAGAAUAGCGAGAGUAUUCGUUGCAGCUGCCAAAAAUUGGAGAAAAUCCUCCUCGUCCUCCAAUACUAUUCAGGAGGAGACAGUUAUGAUUCCCCGCAGUAUGCAUCUUGGAGCGAACCACUUCAAGUUUUUGGAUAAAGCGUUGAUUAACAGUUCCAAUAGCAGCUCAUGCACUGUUAGUCAGGUUGAAGAGGCAAAGGCUGUAGUAAGAUUAGUACCAAUAUGGAUUACAUGUUUAAUAUAUGCAAUUAUUAAUGCCCAGUCUUCAACUUUUGGCGUUAAACAAGGAAAAACAAUGGACAGAAAAAUAGGAGCAGGCUUCCAGAUACCAUCUGCGUCAAUUCAAAUCUUCGAGAGUGUCUUUAUUGUAAUUUUUGUUGCAAUUUACGACGGCGUUUUUGUUCCUCUGGCUAGAACUAUUACAGGUAAACCUAACGGUAUAACAAUGCUUCAAAGAAUUGGUUGUGGCAUUUUCCUACAUACAACAACCAUGCUAGUUGCAGCUACAGUUGAGAGGAGAAGGCUUCAGAUUGCUCUGCAGUCCGGAUUGAUUGACAUGCCUCAAGUAACAGUUCCUAUGAGUAUCUGGUGGUUGGCUCCUCAAUACAUCUUGUUCGGUAUUGCUGAUGUAUUCACUAUUGUUGGGUUACAAGAGUUUUUUUAUGAUCAAGUGCCGAAUGAGUUACGAACUGUGGGUCUCUGCCUCUUCUCAAGCAUCAUAGGCACAGGCCACUUGCUAAGUGGGUUCUUCAUUUCCAUCAUUCAUAACUUAACUAGCAGGAGUGGGCAUUAUAACUGGUUCUCUGACAACCUUAACAGGGCACAUGUGGAUUACUUUUACUGGCUUCUCGCCGGAUUUAGUACAUUCCAGCUGGUUGUCUUCAUAUAUAUUUCAAAAUCUUAUAUCUAUAAGACUGUAAAAGGUGAGCUUCAGAUGCAGGGGCAUCUUAUAGAACCAGUAGAUUGAAAAGCGAAAUAAUACAGUAACUCCUUGUACAGUGGUCAAUGUACAGUAGCAUAUUUGUGAUGUCCAAGUGUGUAUUAUCUCUUUGGUCACCAAGGUAUAAAUAACAUUAAACUGUUGCAAAAUUGGGGAUAGAAUAUAUAUAUAUUAGUGAUAUGAGGAACGAAAGUUUCUCUCGUACGCA